UAGCAUCUAGCGAUUGCAAGAAGAAAGUGUCCGCGUUGCGCUGCCUCUUCUUCAGUGCGUAGAUGGGCGUAGAAAAAAGGGUCCAAAGUGAACUUCAACUUGCUGGCGCGCAGAACUAGAUCGCCCCGUAAAUGGUAGUGCAGUGAUCGAACCAAAGGGAUCCAAGUGUUAAUGAGGCAGCUGCAAACGCGGUACCGUGGACGAGCAGUGUGGUUCGGUGGGGAGCGGAAGGCUGCAACCGACCUGCUGUUCGGAGGCGCAGAGGAGAAAGCUACGAACGCUACCACCACGACGAUCCAGCAGCUGGUGUGAGGUAGGAGGCUUCAGCGCCGCUAAGGCCUGCGAGACAUCUGGCAGGUACGGGAAGUUUCUUUCCCGCCCCUCCGUUGUGUCCUCGGUUGUGCUCGGUGGUUCAUCAUCCCACCCUGCUUUGCACAUACCACGGUUGGUGGAGCAAACGGAAGAGUCAUCGUCAAACGGGGCACAUACACACGCACACACACUCAGCCCCGUCGCGGAAACGGUGCCACGACGGGACCCCGAAAAAAGCUACAACGCAUUAUUUUACGUCGCAUGUCGCGCGCGGUUCACCUUCGCGCACUGGUGCCGCCGCGGGCCUCGUCACAAUCGUGAUCCGUGCUUUACCCCUCUCCCCGAAGCCCCACCCUCCUUCGCCUUGGACGAUUCCCGUUUUGACCCGUAGCAUUGGCGUGCCUGUGUUGCUGCGUGUAUGAGUGUGUGCAUGUGUGUCGAUUCAUCGUCGUCGUCGUCGUUGCUGCUUUUGGCGACGUUUACGUACACCGCCUCUUACUCAUCGGUGGUGCUGCUCGAUACAACGCACACUGGUGCAGCAGUAGUGUGCGCUCCACACACAACCGCGCACAUACACACCGUUGCACCAAGGUGACGUGCAUCCGUGUACGAUCCUCGUGCAGUGUGCAGUGGUGUGUGUUAUCGCGCAGCCAACUGUCAGUGGCGCCGCGCUGUGUGUGCGUGUGUGUGGGAAGAGUGCGAGCGCGCUCACGGGCGCAAACGGCCACCCUUAGAAGGAGGAGCGAGACAGCGCGAUCGAGUGUGACAGAAAAACAAAAAUAAUACCAUGGGCGCAGCAGGGCGGCGAUGACGGCAGGAAGCUUCCGUUUUCGGUCUACGCGGAGGUGUUUACACGGCCAGUUGCCUAGGUUCUUAAAUUAAAUAGAUUUUCUCGUUCGCCAUUAUUUUCCGCGUUUGGCCGCGCGCGCUGUGUGCUCCGUGCGGAGGUUGUGUUGAGAAUGAGUGAAUGAUUUUUCCCCUUACUAAACAUCGCAAGUUUAGCCUUCCCGUACGUCUUACCGCGAGAUUAAGCAACACACACAGCACAGCACAAAACUCGAACGAGAAGAAUCCGGCCUGUGGUGCAGGCAGGUGCUGACUUAGGCGUGAUAAAGUGAACCCCGUCAAGCUGGUGUGAAGUGAUAAUAAUUGGAAGCAGUCCAGUGUGGUCGCGUGUUAAUAAUAUUGGUUGGAUACGGAGAACACGAACACACACACACACAUACAUCUACACCCGCAUACACAUCAUUCCGUGGCACUGCAGCAGGCCGAGACGCGUACGGCCCCAGUGGAUGUGAUAAAGAAGGCACAUGCAAGAGGCAUAUGGCCAGUGGCUUGAAACAGCAACCGUGUCAUCAUCACUCGCUAUUGUGACCUGCUCGCCGUCUGUGUGCGGGUUGUUAGCCGAUUUCGCUCCCCGUCAGGUCGUCUCUCGUGGAUAACUUUGUUUGCGCAGGUUGCUGAAACGGAUAUUUAUCGGGUCUGUGUUGUCUGAUUAACGCUGCAAUAUUGUGAUCCAAGUGUGCUAGACGUAGUUCGAUGUUUGUGUGUGUAUGUGCAGUGUGGCAGCAUAUUUUGCCUCGGUGUGGUGUAGUUGAAGCACUGCAGUAAACAUCUAAAAUAUUGCGCACUGCAAGUGUCCGCGAGCGAUAUACAGUAGCAAACCGGAGGAAUAAAAGAACUCUGCGAUAGACCCGCAUUGCAUUCUCGCAUGAGAGGUGUGGGCUAAGUGGAGGGGAGCCCCUUGUCAUAUCGAUUUUGACCUUCAAUCCAUACCACCGUCACCACCCCACGGACGGCACGAUGUGGACGCCGUCGUACGAUAUCAUAGUGGAAACGUUGACCGGCUCCGAGUUCGAGGUGACGGUCAACGAUCGCGAUACGGUUGGGUAUCUCAAGUCAGAAAUACAAAAAUAUGAAGGAAUACCCAUCAGCCAGCAGCAUUUGCUGUACAAUCACAAGGAGCUAAGUGACGCGAUGGAGAUGAAGGACAUCCCGCUGGUGAAAGGAUCGCGCGUCAAGCUCGUCCUCGGCAUGAAGGGAGGACCGAUCUCCUCCAAGCGGCUGUUCACCAUCUCUUCCGACUACGACAACUGGCUGGACAUGAGCGAUGUACUGUCUGGGGAAGAUCUUAUGAAUCUACAGAGUCCAGGCUUAAAGCUGCUGCUGUACAAGGACAACAAGAAGAACGUCCAUCGAUUGAUGAAAGUUCGGGCCGAGAAGAGCUGCGACGGUAUGAAAGGGUCGAUGUCGCGCUCCAUCAUCGGAAGUGGUGCUUCCGGGCAGGGCACGUACGGACCCGGCGGCCCGAUGAGCCAGAAAGAACGUGAUGCUGCAGUAACCAAGCAGAAAAUGGAUCAAAUAAAGGCAAAGUUAAGCAUGAAAAAGAAAAGACUGGGCGGUGUACAGGCUGCCGACAAAGCGAUAGGAAACGAAGCACCGGAAGCGGGGUCGGAAAAAUCCGCACACCGAAGUGACGGUCGUCCCGCCGCUCCUGGUUCGGCAGACAUCACCGACAACACCGUGGGUAGCAACAAGACGAUUCGCAACGCUAGCCGCAUCCGGCACAAGAAACACCACCAUCACUAUCACCAUCAACCGCACCAUCACCCGCAUCAUGAGACUGUCAUCAAAGAGGAAAAGACACCCAUCGGCUAUCGACCGGGAGGAGGAGCCGGGGGUAGUGGCGGUGCAACGGCACUCGUAGCCAGCGGGCACAAUCCGUCCAUGGUGGGUACGAUCGGGUCGAUGCUACCGAGCGCGGGAACAGCGAGCGCUCCGCACCGCAAAUCCAUGCCCGCCGUGAUCGACCUCGGGCGGUCGGAGCAGGAGCAGACCGUGACACCGUUCGGCUACGGGUUAGUUAACCUGCUGCACGGUGGCACAGCUGCCACCGCAACGGCCGGCCGCUCGCCGACCUUGGAGCUGGAGAAGCGGUCCCAAAUCCGGGAGCAUCUGCAGCGGAACCGUUCCUUCAAAACGAUCAGUGCGAAGAAUCUGGACUUUGCUCGCGAGGGCUCGCCUCAGACCGGUGGUGGUGGCGGUGGUGGUGGCUUGAGCGAUCGACACACCGGUUCGGCCGGUCUGGAGCGAUCGCUUUCCUUCCACUCCAACGGCAUAUUGAGCCGAAUGGGAUCGGAAACGACGCUCGAUGCGGGAUACAGCAACAUUCGGCGCUGCACUGCUGGCGGCAGUCAGUUGCGCGGCAAUCACGCCGGCGGUCUGGGUACGCGGCUGGCCGGUGUUGGGGGCGGUGCCGCCUGUACCACCCAGUCCCUGCACAAGCUGGACGAAAGUCGCGUAUCGUCCGCUUCGCUGCACGAUCUGAUCGAGCUGCUGAAGUACACCCAGUCGAAGCAGCGCACCAUUUCGAACGAUUCGCUCAACAAGCUGAUGCUGAACUACUCCAAGAAGGUGCACCAUCUGUAUCACCAUCCACCGGCGGGGAAGAAAUCGCUGCCGGAGAUAAACCCGUCCCUUAACAACAUCGAGGAGUAUCUGCCGGACUACGAUUACGGGCUGAAAGCAUCGGCGGGAACCAAGGCAGCGGCAACAACAACCGGGGCGGCAGCAGCAGCAGGCGGCGGCGCCGUACCAAAGAUGGUGACGCGAAGCGAGGACGGGCUGGAUUGUAAGAUUGCUUCGGCGGAGUACGCCUUCAAGAAUGCAAGCACGAGCGGCAUGGACAAAUCCUUUCGCACGCUCUACAAGUCAACUUCCGAUGACAGUAGCGUGUACGAGCUGCCGAAGCUGCUGAUUCGCGAGGAUUCUCCGGUCGAGUCUUUUCUUGGUUCCUAUGCGCAACUGGAGACGGUUGCCGCCGCAGCGACGCGCCGUGGCGAAUCGCCCAAAAACAACUUCACGUCCACAACCAGCCUGCAGGAUGUGGAAGGUACCAAUGCGGUCGAUGCACCAGCUCAACCCAUGCUGCCGGACCACGGCAGUCUGCUGGAGCUGCGACCAUUACCGGCGAACCCCCCGGCUGCUGCUGCUAUCGUCGGAGAGGCAACGCUGGCGUCGGAAUCGUUAUUUCAGCUCGCGCAGAUAGCAGCCGAAAGCGUCAAAUCGAGCGCUGGCACUGCGGCCUCCUUAAGCUCGAGCUCGUUGUUCGGCAGCAAUAACAGCCUGACCGGUGCUGGGGCAGUCGGUGGCGACGGUACACAUUGUGCUGCAAACGGCGGUGGAAGCUCUUCUGCUGCCUGGUGCCAGCACUGGAAUCACCGGCAACAGCACCACCAACAGCAACAGCACCAGCACGAUGUUCCUUUCGCCACUGCAAGCCAGCAGCAGUUGAGCAAUCCGCGCCGUCAUCAUUCGGACUUGGGUAUCAACGAGCUGGAGCUGAAGUUUUUCCACACCGAUGUAGACGCGUCGGAUCGCAUUGCCGGGCGUGACGCAGCAGCUAACGGUGCCGGUGAUUACACCAACCUAAUCAAGCUGCCGGCAAUAUCGAACCUGGGCGCGAGCAACGGUUGGCUUCAGCUGUCCUCGUGGGAUACAGUGCGCUUCGGGCGGGAGGACGAGGAUGCGGACGAUGAGGAGGUGCUGGAUGAGGAGGAAGUUCCCGAUCACGAGGAGCGGGACGAUGACGAAGAGGAGGAGGACGAGGAGGAGGACGAAGAGGAGGAAGAGGACGAAACGGGACAGGAUCAAGACCGGGUGACGUCGUCUUCCUGCUCCUCGAUACGCAGGCCCCGCGAGUCGUCCAACUCGACCAGCUUCAUCCACAGCCACCUGUCGAUAUCCUCCGACGAGGACGAUCUGCUGAACGUGGCGGAGAUGCGAGGGGACGGUGCUGGGGCAGUCGGCAGUGCGUACAAGCCGGGCGGCAACAAGUCCAAAUCGAUCGAUCUGAACGAGUUCCGCAAAGCGUUCGGCAGCAGCCCCACGCUGCUGAACGGCUUCCGGGGCGGAACGAGCUGUACGCGGCUCGUGCCCCAGCUGUCCCGGCUCGAGACGAUCCCGUCGCAGUACCGGCGCGGCUACACGAACCUAAACGACGCGUGCCUGUCGAGCUCCACGUCCGAGCUGGAAUGUGUGAGCAGCGGGACGGCAAAGAAAAAGCACCAGGGGCUGCUGCCACCGACGUGCGACGACGCGAGCGGCCUGUCGUCCACGCUGCUAAAGUACCGCAAGGAUGGCAGCGUGCCCUACGUGCGGAGCAAUGAAAAUUUGAACCGCUACAAGGUGUCGCUGUGUACGGGCGCCGCCUCAGCCCGCCGGCGCAUGGGCGACAGUGACGAAACGCUGGCCGGCGGAAGCGACGCGCUGUACCUGCGCCAGCGUCAACAGUCGAUCGGUGGCGGCCGGCAUCUGCCCAGCAUUCGGGACCAUCUGGCCAGCAUCGCGGACUCGGAGGCGAACGAAACCGCCGACGGGUCGGGCUAUUCCAACGGUGACAGCACGCGCUCGAGCGGUGCUUCCGAGGAGAACGCAAAUCGAUCGUUCGUCGUUGGCGGUGGUGGAGGUGAUUUCGAGUGCCGGUUUUCUCGCCUCAGCUGUUGCUCCGCUCCGGGAGGCGACGGGCCAACGACGAAAGCGUACUCGCCUGGCGGCGGCGGCAAUAGUCGAGCGGCGCAACGGACCAACUAUCGCCACAAGGACCACUCAUCGGCGGCAGUGGGUAGCAAUCGGGGUGGUUUGAUGCGAACCGCUUCCUCAAUGGACGAUCGGUGCCGUUUCCUGUUCGGCGAGGACGCGACCUCGCUGCAGUACAAUGGUAACCCGUCGUCGACGCCGCUGCGACCUUCCGACUACUACUUCCCCUCGGACGAAAGCUUGUUCAAUAUGGAUUCGUUUUUUGACGAUUUCGUUGAGAUUGACACGAGCGACAUCUUCGAAAGUGCCGAGUUUAUCAACAUUAACUCGGGCUCGGGAGGUAGAAAGGGCGAUUCUGGCAGCAGCGGCAGUUCGGCGGGACUGCUGCUGCCCGAAAUACAUGCGGACCGGCAUCAGCGCGGCUCCCCACAGCAGCAGCAGCAACAGGCACCACAUCAUCCAAAACAUCAGCAUGCUUCGUUCACUGCGGACGAGAGCUUGGAGCUGCCGCUCCGAGUGCUUAGCAGUUCGAAACCCUACACCUCCUCCUCCGCCGAUGCCGGUGACGCACGGAAGCAGUACUACCGUGCCGUGAACGGUCCGGUAGGUUCGGCCAGUCGCGCAAACGCUGACGGAGAGAUACACUUUUCCGCCCGCCGAGCGUUCCUGCAAGCGGGCCAAAGCUUACAGCAGAAUGUGCAGCAGGAGGAGGAAGAGGAGGAGGACGAAGAGGACGGUAUUGCUUCCAUCAUCCAGCACAUCGAUCGGGACCAGUUGUGCGACCAGCGGGCCUCACUGCCCGGUGCAACAACGAACGCUUCGGCUAUCAUCGUGCACGACGAUAAGGAGCGACUGUUGCGCCUCACGGAUGAACCGACCGAUCGAAAGGCGUCCCUCAUCCUCAGCGGCCGCGACGCCAGUGGUCCAUUGGUAGCGGAUACGCAACACCACACCACGGAGCAGAUCAAGUCGAAGAAGCUACGGUGCGCCCAGUGCAACAAGAAGCUGGGCGUCAUCAUGAUCAUGAAGUGUCACUGUGAGAAAAUCUUCUGUGCCCAGCACCGGUACGCGGAGGCCCACAACUGUUCGUACGAUUUCAAGGUGGAGGGCCGCAAGAUACUGGAGAAGAACAAUCCGCUCGUGGUGGCGGACAAGCUGCCGAAGAUUUAAAUGUUGUGCGGAGCGCGCUUGUCUAGAACGUGCGGGUCUCUAGGAGGGGGGGGGGGGCUCUAAAAAUGUGAUUGUGAUUGGAUUUGGAGUGAUCCUAGUGAUGAGAGUAGAAAGGCUGCAAGAGUAAAGAUGAUAAUUUACUAUUGGAAAGAGAGCGGAACAAUGGAGCACAAUUUAUCGAGCUAUAAGGGAGACAAUAGAACCCUUUUUUACGCUCUCCCGUAGCGUGAUUUUAGUUGUGAACGGUUCUAAAAUAGCAUAUGCGUUUAGUUUGAAGUUUUAAUUUGAAGCAUUUCAAUUAGAGAUACCAUUCGCUAACCGAAUACGGAGAAAGUAAUGCCGCCUCAAGCGCCUUGUGUGGGGCAGUUGGGGUGGCCAUGCUGGUCCAGCCAACCAGACAGAUGUGGAACUGUUACCAGAUUUUGUUCGCCGUGAGCAAAACGUUUCCCUGUUUCUGCCGCUUCCCCAACUGCACCGUACGAAAUGGAUGGUAUGGUGCUGCAAAGCAAUAAGCUGCAUACUGCAAUCACUGCUGGUAUGCGCCUUGCAGCUGCACCGAAGGCUGUGCCUACACCCUGUGGUAGUGGUGGUGGUAGUACCCAGAGAAAAGUGGGGGGGGGGGGGGGGGGGAGGGUAAUCACACUUAUUUUUCGUCUCGUACUCACCACCCUUACUCACCCCGUAUUUAGUGGGUGGAAAGAGUAUCUUAAGGAUUACCAAAAUAGUAAUGCUCGCAGCUGCGCGGCUAUUAAAGCAGUUGAACAAUACACCAAUACCGAGGUAAUGAUAAUGGUAAUGAAAAAUGAUACAAAAAAAAGAAACAUAUGUAGGGCAGUUAGGUAACCAUUACUCAUAACUAAUAUAGAACCGAAAGACGCGAUCAGCGUGAUUCAACGGAACGUGGAAGAUUACAAUACGAUCCGCGCAAGGCGUGUGGGAUUGAACACGAGCAGCGCAAAGCAUGUAACAUAAUGGCUUUAGUUAACGUUUAGCGUACCAACACCAUAUAGCGUCGUACCAUGUACGAUCGAACUAACUUAUCCCAGCAUGUAUGCGUAGGGCAGAUAGGCAUUCUGGCAAUGGUUUUUUUUUUUGGUAAUACAGGUCAAGCAGAAAAUGUGUGCUUCUUUCAUUGUUUCCCUUUGCAGUACUUUAGUUUAAGGAGGAAUUAGUUGGCGGGAUAAAACCUGCUCUGUUUUGCGUUUUUUUCUUGCUUUCUUUUAAGUUAGUAAUAAUUCCAGCUCCAUGAUAGGGGUGAGCUGCUUUGCAUGAGAAGACUUGUUCAGCAAUCGGAACAUUUUCUACUUGCAUAUUCAUCAUUUGACGGUGCUUUAAAGCGCACAAUUAGCGGGAAAACGUGUUGCUAGAACAUCCUAAUCCAUCCUCUAGAUACACCAGAGUAGGAGUUAUUCAAAGUGUUAUACUACAGGAUUGCUAAGCUACGCAGAAUAACUUGUAACAAGCAAAGCAAGCGAUGCGGAAGAACGAAAUUGUAUGCUAAGUGAACACAAUUGUACCAGAAAGUAGUGUAAACCAACCCCCCCAGAGAGGGCGAGGAAACAUUUAAGAAAGAUAUACAUAUUUGUUAUACCCCAUAUAUGCAAACAAGCUUACAGAAGAACGAUCGUUUGUAAGCGCAAUUGUGAGCUUAAUUUCCACAAGAUUUAAUAACCACUGAUUAUAAAUGCGCCUUUUUUCGCCCGUAAUUAUUGUUCAAAGCUUCAGCGUCGUGUGUGAGCGGAGUAACGGGGGAACACACCUUCCUCCCCCGAGCUGUAUGUAAUAUGUUAGGGCGAGGCAAACGUGGGAGCAAACGUUACAUUAAAAGUUAAUGAUCGUAUAAAACAGUAAAACGAAAGAAAUAAACAAAUAAAAAAUCAAACAAAAUGAAAUAAAAAUGCGACAGCGUGCCUGUUCAUUGAAUGGGCGCGCUCGCUUCCAAAAAACGAUCGGGAAAACUAAAA